AUGGCGCGCAACCCCCGUGCAGCCGGACCUUCUCAACAUUCAUCCCCGGGGACCUAUUCUGACAAGGAGAACAAUCAACAUCAAAACUCUUCCCAGAAUCGCAAGAGAACUCAGGACCGGGCGAUGGCCUCUUCCAGUGCCAGUGCAAAGCGCCAGCGAUUAGCGAACAGAAUCGCGAAUAACCAACAUGGCAGCCAGUCUCAGAUAUCGCGUUCGCAGCAGGACCCCGACAAACAAUACUAUGACCCGGAUCAAGAUGAAAAGGAAAGACGGCGCAUACGGAAGGGCCUUCGAGACUUGACACGGGAACUGCAUGACUCUAGGACUGAAUACAUGCAAGCGGGCAAUGACGGUAUUCGACAGACCAUCAAAAAGGCGAAUGAAUUCUUCCGUGAUGUCAAACAGACUUCGGACGCGACGAUCGAUUCCCGUCUCCUGGUUAGUGCCGCCGAUUUAUCGUAUAAAAAGACGGCACAGCUGGUUCUAGGCGACGCAUCCGCGGGAGUCGAUGUCGACGAGUUUGUCUCCAAGUGCAUUUCUUUCAUGCGCCAUGGCCCGGAGGAUCCUCAAACAAUUCCCAGCAGCACCCAACGCCGCCGCGCACACGGGAGAAGUCAAGCAGACCCCAACGAUAGUGAUGAGGACCAGGGAGAUGCGUUGAAUUGGGACUGGCUGGGGCGCUCUGCCUGCGUUCGCAGCAACUCACGACCGGCUGUUUCGGGUUUCCUUCUAGGACCUCUAUCGGUUCAGAAACGUACGCGACAUUUGACACAACGAAGAGCGAGGGAACAGAUUGAUCCAUCGCAAGCAGUCCGCCCGCAGGAACUCGAGGAUAAGGACCUCGACCGACAAGAGACGUCUAAUCUUACAACUAUCUGCUCGAAUAUCAACAAACUCCUGGCGGAAACCCAGAAAGCCGGCCAGAAUUCUGUGGAGGGUGUGUUGGAGAAACUUUUCCAGCAGUCGGGUGACGAACCCACCGAUGAGAUGGUCCAGAAGGUCAUGGCUCUGCACAAUGUCGCUGAUGACGGGGGUAUCCCUUUGUUCAACUUCUGCAUCAACCCGAAGUCCUUUGGACAAAGCGUGGAAAAUCUGUUCUACGUCAGUUUCUUAGUGAGAGAUGGCACCGCGGGUAUCUCUGUCGACAGUCGACAGUUGCCAACUUUGCAUCAUUCCAAACCAUACGCACCGAGCGAAGCGCAAAAGAAAGGGGUUCAGAAGCAUCAAGCUAUCUUUAGUCUUGACUUUGAAACAUGGCAAGACUUGAUCGAUGCCUACAGCAUCAAGGAAUCGAUCAUCCCUCAUCGCCGAGAAGAAGAAUCUCAGGCCACCGGACAGGGCUGGUACAGCUAA